AAUCGCAAACGUUUUAAUUUCCCUACAUGUCGAGUCAUUUCUCUACCAAACAACAUUAUGUGAAGAUAUUUCAUUGAAGGAACUGCCAUCUGAAAAUAUGUUUGUGAUUGGUAAUGAUUUAGUAUGGAAAUGCAAAAUUAUCAUCACUUUCGAGUAUUUUACUACAUUGUAUUAAACAGACUGCAGCCUCAUCGUAGGACGUCACUGGAGCUCCCUCGGGGACCCCUAGAGGUCCCUGGACCCCAAGCAACCGGGACAGGCCAUCUUUAGGAAAACUUGUUGCGAUUUUCACAAUUAGAUGUUUGACAAUCAAGUUGAGAUCAAUAUAAAAAUCCUGUGUGGCAUAAUUACGACUGGACAUUUUUAAUUAAAACUAAACAAACUUGUGAGAGUUUUCUGUUCACCCCCGUUUUGCUGAACAAUGGUAUGCUCCCGCUUUCCAAUGGUCUGCACUGUGCUGCUGUGUUCAGUCUUUCCCUCUAGACUCCUUACGUUCAGGAGGACGGCAGGCUGCAUGUACGAACGUAAUACACGACACCUUUGGGAGACAGGAAGCAUUGUCUGCUUCGUAACCAGUUGCAGUUGAAGAGUAAGUUAUUUGCCGAUUUUACAUUCUGCUUCGGACUUGAUUGUUUUGCCGGGACUGCAAGAAUAGCGUGUAGAUUUUUAUAUAUAAGCCUGAAACGAAGAGGAUAGGCUAGAAGUUUGCGAGCUUCGUCCAUAUCACCUUCAUCCUCAUGGAAAUGUAGACCUGAACAAAGAUGGUUUGGGGGUAGUUCUGAGUUGGAACUGGGAGCAGUUUUCGAAAGGAUAAAAGGCGGGAAACAUAGUUGAAAAACUUUGCCUUGUUCCCCGUGGAAGAGUUGGAUUGUUGUAAAGUAAUCUUUACGCACGGUCCGCGUCGACAGAUUUGUAAAGUCCAAGAUGCGCCUGUUGAGCACCUCGUGCGGAUAUAACCGCGGAGAAAUCCGAGGGAGAACACACAAGUCCGGACUGAUGCAUUUGCUUUUCCUCCUCGCGGUCGUACUGUCCUGUCAGGGCUGUCCGGACAAAUGCUUGUGCUUCUCACAAACUGUGAAAUGCCAAAACCAGGACUUGGACGCGAUUCCGCAUUCUUUACCGACCAAUACCAAAUUCCUGUUCGUCACUGGAAACAUUUCCCGUAUUAGUGGGGAUUCCUUUCCAACCCGCCUGGAGCUGUUAACAGAUCUCUAUCUCAGUGGGAAUGAGAUGGAGUCUGUGGAUGCAAAGGUAUUUGACAACUUGCCAAACCUUGUGCGGCUGGACCUGAGCAACAACAAUAUCCAGACUUUCAGUGAUAGAGCUUUCCCUGAUAAUAAUACGCUGCAGGUCUUGAACCUCAGCAGGUCUUUUCACAAUCAUUCCUCCGUGGAUGUGGUCCUAAAUCUCCUACAGAGUGGAAACCUCCUGCAGCUGACAGUCUUGGACCUGUCCAACAAUGACCUUGUGAUUCUUCCAGACGACAUAUUCACCAGCUUCUCCAACCUGGUCAACCUCAGCCUGCGGAACAGCUCCAUCAUCUCCAUUCAGAACGGGACCCUGAAGGCGCCACCGCUGCGUGACCUUGACCUGAGGGACAACAGCUUGAGGGAUCUGCCCGCCACCACCCUGGCAGAGUUCAGCCUCAAGCCUGGUCUCCGCAUCCGGCUGGCGGGGAACCCCUGGCGCUGCGACUGCUUCAUCGAGGACAUGCUGUCGUGGCUGAAAAACUCCACUCAGGUCGUCGACAUGCAGAACCUGACCUGUGCGGACCCCAAGGGCCUGAGACGCCAGCCGCUCCUGCAGGUGGAGCCGUCGCAGCUGAAGUGUUUGGGCAACAUGGAGGGCGUGCUGGAGACUUCUUAUGUUUUCCUGGGGCUGGUGCUGGCUCUGAUCGGUGUCAUAUUCCUGCUGGUGCUCUACCUGAACAGAAAAGGCAUCAAGCGGUGGAUUUACAACAUCCGGGAUGCUUGUAGGGACCACAUGGAGGGGUACCAUUACAGGUAUGAGAUAAACUCUGACCCACGUUUGGCCAACCUGAGCAUCAAUUCGGACGUGUGAGAGAGGACGGGACACUGUCUGGGACCCCGCAGUGAGAUAUUAAGUGACUUAUACUGUUAAGAUUUGCAUGAAAGUCUUCCUCCCCUUCCCCCUCUUCCCCCAUGAUGCUAUUCAGAUUUGACAUCUGUCAUGGCUCCCGAUUAACCCCGCUCACCACCUCCAUUCAACGUCUGCCGCAUGUCCUAUACAAGUACCUGGCAGCUGUGAUGUCAGAUGCGUUUCUUCCGUGUAACAUUGCAUGGACAAUGAAUUAUGGUAAAGGGUUUUUUUUUGAGAGUUGCAAAGAGUGAUAUGUUCUAUUUUUACUUUUCCUAAAGGAUAAAUGGAUGGAGUACAUUGACUUUAAAGUGAAAGAAUACAAAAAAACAUACUGGUGGUCAUUGCAUCCUCAUUAUGCCUCUGCUGCAGAGAAAUGCUAUACUGCUUGUUCAUGAGUUUGUUCUUUUUAAUAUGUGAAAUUGUGAUUAUGUAUACAGUAUGCCUUUUUUUUUUUUUUUGAAUGAUUAUGGUGCACAUUGCAUAGUUUUUGGAUUUAGUAGGUGGAUGUAAUAGCUCUUUUUUCUGUGAAGAUAAUCAGCUAAAUAAAAUGCCUCUGGAUUGCUGGCAUCUGUCUCGACUAAGGACCUUUUUAAUCUCAAGACUGAGGAGUAUGAUCUCACAGGGUAGACACCCAUUCCUGAGGCAGUGCCGCAGCUAGCACAUGACGAACACUAAAUCUUACUCCAGUUGUCAACGAGUUCAACGAUGCGUGAAACGUCGACACUUUUGUCAGCGCUGUUUUCGUUAACAAGUGAGUUGCUGCGGUUGGAAAUGAAGUGGAAUAGCGGACGUACUGACUGAAUUUAACAAGCUUCUAUCUGUAGGUCUAUAGGUGAUGAGAGUAGCCAACUGUUAUCUCCUGUCUAAUUCACUUCCUGCUGUGAAUCUGGUUUAAAAAAAAAAAAAAAAAGUCCUUAGUUCUGCAGUGAAUUCCCCAAAAUAAUGUCUGUGAGCUGCAGCCAGUGGGCAGGUUUCACAUCCAACAGCCCCUACCAGUAGACUGAAACACUGAAAGCUUUUCACUAUACUCCAGCAGCAAAAACUGGACAAAAAAAAUGGUAUAUGCUGUUUCGUGGCACAUGCUAAUGAAGGCGAACUGACCACGAGAUUCUCAUGGGGCACACAGAGAUGUUAUGGAACUGAGCUCAAGCAGCUUUCUUUUUCAUGUAACCCUGUUUUAGGGGAGCUAGCAUCCUUGGAAAAUCUGUUUUCCAUUAGCGUUUCUACCUGACUGUCAAUUGCUAUUUUUCAUGCCGUCCAGUAUGGUAUGGAUUAAUAAUGAAUGUGUCCUUUUGAAGAGUAUACCAUGCAUGUUGCUGUCUAGCAGUCUAAAUUAAUGAAGAUGUUUGUUCUCUUGACUUCCUUGGCCUUUUUGAAGAGCAUCUAGAUAGAUCAUGUUGUCCCUCUCCCUCCAGCGCUCACUCCUUCGCACAAACAAACAACGUCUCUAACAACUGGCCUUGCAUAGCCUGAAGCUACAUGUAAUUUGUAGUAUUACAGCAUGGCUCUUGCACAGAUUUCCCCUCACUGUAUCUAGCAGCAACAUGUUGCGUCGUCAUGGCAUAUCUUUGUAUUUCAGUAUGAAAAACUUUAACUCGUUUCUGCCAUCAGCAGCUGCUGAUUGUCUCUGGGUGUGUCUGAUUACGCUCGCUUGACACGGGGAAGGGAAGCGCUGUGUAACAAUAUCUGUCUGGUCUGGUGCUCUGGCUGGUGUUAAUGCUCUGUAUGUCUCCUGACAAACAGAGCAGCCGCUCAACUGUCUCUGAGGGCUGAGGACGUGUCGUCACACCUUAGUUUCACACUUCCUGCCUGGAAACCUCUUUGUCUAGGAGGUGUUUGUUCACAAACAGCAUGGCCAAUCAUGGAGAUAAGCAGGAGUGUGCAGUUGUCUGUAAAUUGCAGCACAUUUAUUAUUAUUAUUAUCAUUAUUAUUAUUAUUUUUUGGAUUAUUAUUAUUAUUGACUUUAAGGUGUGUUUCUCAUGAUGAUCAGACCUUAAUUUCUGGCUCUCUGACAUUCUCGUAUGAUUGGAUUGUUUAACCGGCUGAAACCAACCUGCAAAAUCACAAAGCCCAAAGGCUGUUAGUUACAAGCACUUGUUUCCUCACUACAGAUUUGUAAUUAUUGCAGGUUCAUUUUGAAAAUGGAUGGCCUCACUUCUCUCUCUCACACACACACACACGAACACAGACAAUUCCCCAAAGUGAGGCUUCCUUACCUCUCUGUCCCAGGAGAGCACAUACAGGUGCAGGUUGCUCACAACCUAAUGUUUCCACAGAGACUGUGAGUGAGUAGUCCUCCUCCUCACACACUCUGCAGAUUCAUAUUAACGAGUGAUUUUUGCCCAGCCACGCCUCGAGCUACGCUUGGCAGAGCAAGUGUAAUUACAGUGAGGAGAAGGGGAAGGGGAAAAAAAAAAAAAAAAGAAGAGACAAGUGAGACGGUGAAUGGUUGAAAAGGAAGAAGAAUAAAACAGAUGAGUGUGGAGAGUGCUCUGUUCUGUCAGCACGAUAACACCUUCUCUGGCUCACUCAGUGGCCCCUUUGUGCUUGUUAACACUAGUCUCCAAACAGCUUUGACGUCUAAAUAGCCGGCCAUUGACUUAUGGUGUCAACUGAGGUCCAGAGAGACAGCAGUGGGUCUCGGGCAGCUCCUUGGACUCUCUCAGCUGUCUGUUAUGGCAGGAGCAGGACUGAUGUCUGUUCUUGUCAAACAUUUUUUUCAUUCCACAGCCUUGCGUAGGUGUAUUGCAUUACCUUCGGACAGGUAUGUGAGGUUGAUUUCUUUCUUUUUUUUUCAUCUUUUAUUAAAGCAGAUGUUGUUGAAUAUGUGUCAUUCACCAUUAGGAUAAUGGACAUGAUAUACUUAGACUCAUUCUUGUGCUGUAUAACUGAUUAAUAUUAUAACGCUGGUGAGUUGGAGGCCCUAAUAAUCGAAUAUGCAUGAAUGUGCUUUAUUAUUUUUACUCUGGCUUUAAAGGCUGAUCUUACACAAUACUCACAUGCCCAUAUUUACAAUGAAUGGCUGUGAAGUGAAGCCUUCCUUGUGUGACUCCAAUGUAAGAAGUGGGGGAACAAAAUCCACAGUCUUUAAGUAAAAAAAACAAAUGAAUUCCAAGGAGGCUUCGGCAGUCAGUCAGAGUUAGACAAAUCAGGUGGGUAUCUCCCCUGCAGCGCAGCAAGGAAACACUGUACAUGGAAACACUAAAAUGUACAAAAAACCCUGUAACUCUGGGAGAUCCCCACUUGAUUCUGGCAACUCACAUUUCUGAAGCCUCAUUUUAGCUCCAGCCAGAUACGAAUCACUGCCCAUCUUGCAGAGCAAAGCUGCAGCCAAUUAUGUUACAAUCUUUCAUGUAAUCUAUGGCUUUAACUGCACAUGGGAGAGUUUUGUUCCCUGUCUUCUCCCUCCCUCCUUCCGGACAAUGGGCGUAUCAGCCUCGGGAGAAGCACUGGCUGUCUUCAAGAACAAAAGUCUCACCCCUGUCUACCGUUCCAGGAGGGGUAUGAAAUAGAUGUGCUGGUGUUUUAACUAUAUUCAACUACAGAUAUGAAGCGAACGCACCAAAGCACAUAAUUUGACUUUAAACACAGUAUAUAAAACGCCUACCAGGACACCACUAUAACACUGGCUUCAGCUGAACUGGACUGGCUGAACUUGGAAUGCAUUUUUUUCUCAGAAGGGCUGUGGUGUCUUAAUGCAAGGAGCAGGAGGAAUGAUCACAGCGAUCAGUAAUUCUUGAAAUAAUCUGAACCUGUCCUUUUUAAUGGUGAGAUUUAGUGGUGUAAGCCUUCCAAGCAAAACAGAAUAUUUGAAAUUCUUUUGAAAUUCGUCAAAUUUAAAAGUACUGAAUAAUCGCACACUUACAGUUGAAAAACAUACUGGCCUUCAAAACCAACCCGAUUUAUUAGUCAAACCCCGUCCCACCCUCUACCCCUACCCCAUAAUCCUGCACACACAGACACUGUUCCCCCGCUCACAACCAUGUUUGUUGAGCCGCAUUUAAUAUGCCGGUGCACUUUCCUAGUGUUGAGAGACAGACUGGCAGGUUAUCAGAUUGCCGGAGUGCCGUAAUUACAUUCACCGCACUGCACUGGUCUGCUGCUCCACAAACACCUGGCAAGUUGCCCCAGCCGCUGACCUUUCCCUUAGAAAAAAACCAGGCUAUGUAAAUGGCAGUUACACAGGGCACGCUUUGUAGACUGAAAUUAUAAUAAAGAUUAUUUAACGAAACAACAGAAAUUCCCCCCAUCUCUCUGAUGUGCAACCAUUGCUCCUGAUCCUUAGGAUAUAGUGGCUAUUCCAGUUGUAUCACGGCCGUGGACGGCCUGGACUACUUGUCAUCAACCCCUUCAACCACCACCUCUGCAACCUCCCUCCACAUGAGAUGCCUUGGCUUCUCUGACGUGGAUUUAUGAGGCCGUGCCUGAGCGUGUUGUGGAGGCCUGCCUCCCGUUGAGCCAUGAUGGGCUUAAUGAACAAGCGCCCCCUACUAAACGAAGACGGAUCUGAGCUGACAGCGCUGCAGCCUCUCCGAGCGAGCUUGGCCGUGCAGCAUCUGCCACAUGUGCUCGAGGGACAGAUACGGGGAAAUGCAGAGAUGGGAGAGGGCAGGAGGUGAACGCAGCAUCGUGGCUCAGGCUAAGACAUGGCUUUGCUUGCUGAGCUCGUACAAAGACGGAACUCAACGUGACACAUGUAAACUGUCAAAAUACAUACUGAGAAUGUGUAGAAUUGUAGGUAAGGUUACUAGUUUGUUUUUACAGGAUGUUGAGUAACUGCAUGAGAGUUGAGGAUGUAAAAUGUUAAUAUUAUACUGACCUUUCAUGGGUGACCUUUACUCUUGGAAGACUUUGGAGAAUAGAUUUAAUCAUUUCAAAAGGGGUUUUUUUAUGUUACAAGAUUUGCAUAAGAUUUCCCUCUGAAGAAAACUAUAUGUCCUGAUGACCAACAUAUCUUAAUUAUGAUACCAAAAUCUUCCUGUGUUACUGGUCGAUCACAUGCAUCUGUACCAUCUGCAUAGUCCGAAAAUUAGAACAUACUGCAGCUCAAAAGCUAAAUCACAAAAUCAGGCCUUUUGUGGUGGAGAUUUGUACAAGAAAAAAAAAUGCAUAAAAUCUAAUAUGAAACCACCCACCAAACAUAACCCUGGUUACAUCAGAGUUGUUCAGGUAAAGAUAUUUAAUGUUUCAGUUUUAUGUCUCUAGAGGUCAUACUGUUUGAUACACAGCUCCCACCACCUUUCAUGUCUUAAAAGUCAGUCUUCACUCAGCAUAGUAAAUGUUGUUACCUCUGAGCGCUGCAGCUAACAACCUAUCAGGCACACAUGGAUGAUUUUUGUGUUGACUUCUCAGCACUCAAUAGCGAAGCUGAUCAAUGGGCCAGUCUCAAAGGGAGUUGGUGUUUUCCUUCAAUACAUUUUCUGUAAACUCAAACUUGAAACCCAGCCUGCUUCUCGUCAUGUCUGUAACACGAGGGACAAGAGUAGCCUUUCCACUGCAUUUUAAAACCACUAGAGACUGAUUAAUGUGUGGACAUGUACGUCUGAUGCUGGGCUUAACCAUCAAGUUCUCUCUUGUGUUUGCUCUUAAACAGAAAGUGAAACGUUCAGGUGUUUUUACACUAAUUUGUUUCUUAAAUGAGCUGAUAUCCUGACGGGCGUGCUGAGAUUUCUGGCCUUAUUUCUGGUCAUAUUUGGUUACAUAUAGCAACACCAAAAACAGGUCUGCUCCCAGCUUUGUCUUUGGCCUCAGUGGUUUAUGCAUAAUAUUCAUAUAAGGUGUGUCUUUGGUCACAUUUUCCAAUGAAUCAGAGUAACCAUAAAGUAAAAGACAAUAGCGUUGUGCGCUGUUUGUGCAGAGACGAGGUAGAAGAGAAAGGAAGCUAAAUUUAAAUUAUUUGAUUAACUGCAACUAUCUGGAUUCACUGGUCUGGAAACCUGAUCAGGACCAGAUAACCCAGAUAACUGGGUCAUAAUCAAAUCCAGACAGCCCUGAGUGAACAGGUCACACAGUUGCCAUUUUGGAUCUAUAUACAAUGUCUAAACACAGCUCACUUACCUCUUUUAUACUCGAUGUGUGAAGCCAGGAUGCCUACAGCCCUUCAAUCAGCUGCAUAACCACUAUCUUAGCAAUGGGUGUUUUAUCAAUGCAGUAAUUAUACAAAGGCUUGUAAAUAUAAGACUAUGUAGGGGAAAGGACAGUGUUUAGCCUACCCAUAUUUAUUUAAUUAUAUAUUUUGCUACAAUUGCUGUGUUAUGUUUAUUUAUGAUAAAAGAUACAAGAACACAGCACUUCUGAUGUACCGUUAUGCAUAUCUGCUAUUUUUUUUAGUUUCUUUUUGUAAGUUUGACAUAGUGUAUUUAAAAAUGCAAUUAAAUAUACUGGCAAAUAUUUUAAUCAUUCUUUCUUCUAAUGUCUUAACUGAGAAAUGUAAAAUGGAGUUUAUUUCAUGUGCACUUGUGUGAAGAUUAAAAUAGACUUGG